CUAGUCAGCUCGGGGGAGGCGGUAACGGCGCGGUGGUGGGGGUGCGGCCGGGCCCGGAGCCCUGCCCGGGGCCCGGCGGCCCGGCGGACGGGCGAGCAGCGGGCGAGGCCUUGCGUGGCGUAGCCCGGGCUUAGCCCGGGCUACCCGUACCGGCCGCGCCAUUGUUGGGGGAGGGGGUACUGCCGAGCGCGGCAGUGGACUAGCGAAGGCGUCGCCAGCGGCGAGGAGUGGAAGCGCCCCAUGGGGAACACGCUGACCUGUUGCUUGUCCCCGAAUGCCAGCCCCAAGCGGGGCCGGCGCUCGGGGUCGGCGGAGCCGGACUAUGAGUCUGAGGUGUAUGAGGCGGCGGCCGGGGACGCCGUGGCAGUAGCACCGGCGCCUGCUGCCCUGGAGCCCGCCGAGUUGGAUUUCGGAGCCGGCGAGGGCCACCACCUGCAGCACAUCAGCGACCGGGAGAUGCCCGAAGACUUAGCUUUGGAAUCAAACCCUUCUGACCAUCCGAGGGCAAGCACAAUUUUCCUGAGCAAAUCUCAAACGGAUGUGCGAGAAAAGAGGAAGAGCAACCAUUUAAAUCAUGUAUCUCCAGGGCAGCUCACUAAAAAAUAUAGCUCAUGCUCAACAAUAUUUCUAGAUGACAGCACAGUCAGCCAGCCUAAUCUUAGAACCACAAUAAAAUGUGUGACCUUAGCAAUAUAUUACCACAUAAAGAACAGAGAUGCAAAUAGAUCGUUGGAUAUUUUUGAUGAGAGAUCACAUCCACUCACACGAGAAAAGGUUCCAGAGGAAUAUUUUAAGCAUGAUCCUGAACACAAAUUGAUUUACAGAUUUGUUCGUACUCUUUUUAGUGCCGCACAGCUAACAGCUGAAUGUGCAAUAGUAACUUUGGUUUACUUAGAAAGGCUUUUAACUUAUGCUGAAAUCGACAUUUGUCCAACCAACUGGAAAAGAAUUGUUUUGGGAGCCAUUCUUCUUGCCUCCAAGGUUUGGGAUGAUCAGGCUGUAUGGAAUGUGGACUACUGCCAGAUCCUCAAGGACAUUACAGUUGAGGACAUGAAUGAGAUGGAGAGGCAUUUUUUGGAGCUACUUCAGUUUAAUAUUAAUGUUCCUGCCAGUGUUUAUGCCAAAUACUACUUUGACCUUCGCUCCUUGGCAGAUGACAAUGACGUGAUUUUUAUGUUUGCGCCUCUUAAUAAAGAAAGAGCACAAAACCUAGAGGCCAUUUCUAGAUUGUGUGAUGACAACGACUACAAAGACAUAUGUAGAGCUGCUAUGAGAAGGUCUUUCAGCGCAGAUAACGUCAUUGGCAUUCAGCGCUCUAAUGCCAUCAUCUCUUAAGGGAAAAAUGAGAGGUGGUAACAUCAAGAGCCUCUCAUCUACAAGGACUGGAGAAAUAUCACCUCUCCUCAAAAACCAGCAAAGGUAGUAUUUUCACCUAAAAGACCAAGACAUCAAAUUAAAAAAACUCAAGGACAGCAAGGAUUGUGCUCAUAGGAAAGAAUGGGACCUUGUCAAUGCAACACUCUGUCCUUUUUAAUGUAAACAUAGUUUAAAAACCACUCCAAAGCAAAAGCUCCCAACCCACAGAUAUUUGCUUACAAUGUAGGCUGAUAGCUGUGAACUAAGUGAGGUUUUUUAAGUGAAGUUUAAAUUUUUUUAGACUUUAAAGACACUAACUAUAUAACUUUGAUGCCUUUGCUAUUUUUUUGUCUCUCUCCCCUCCACCCUCUCCCCACAUAUUGCUGCAUAUUCCUUUAGCAUCAAUGCAGUAUUAAUUGCCAUUAAAACAUGGGACUCCUAACAACUCCUAAAGCCACUUAGGAACAGACUAGCACUGUUAGGUAUUGAAAGGUUCUUCUCCCGACUACAUCAUUGAAGCUGCUAGUCAUUAUUGGCAAUCAGUGUAAACCAAAAAGCUGCUGAAUAACACUUGUCAUUCACAUUCUUUGCAAGCACUACUUAUUAGCAUAUUAGCAUGUUUGGGAUAAUAAGAGAAAGUAUCAGUCAUUGAUUAUCUGCUUCCAUUGGGUUCACGCUGCAUAGCUUACAAACUGUAAUGGUGCUUCUCAUUUUCUGAUGAUUUGCCUUUGUUAAAUAAAUGUAUCAAAACAUAUUUUUGUAAUUCCAACCAACAUGGUGGUCCAUUGAUAACAAGCAGGUAGUGAAAUAGGUGUCCCACAAGUCAGUGCAGUUUUAAGCUUUGACCCACCAGGGCACUGAUGCAGAAAUAUAAAUGCUAGACUUACAAAACAUCAUUUGAAAGUUUAAUUAAAUUUCUCUUAAACUUAAUUUAGUUUUGUAAAUUUUAAGUAUUAAGCUUUUAAUCUUACAGUGGCUGAAACAAAAAAUUUUAAAUAAUCUUUUUUGAUUCAGUCAAUGUGUUAAUAUUAAGCUUUUAAAUUUCUUUGUUUCAGCCUAUAUAAGAUUAAAAGCUUAAUAUUAAAAUUUACAAAAUUAAAUAAGUUUAAGAGAACCUCAAUUAAACUUUCAAAUGAUGUUUUGUAAGUCUGUAGCAUUUACACUUCUACAAGUAUCAGAGUUUAAAAUUGUACUGAACCUUUAUGGUGAUACUUUGUAUCUUGAUAGAAAUGCCCUCUUUUAAAAAUAGUUCUUUACAGGGCUGUGCUAUAUACCUGCUUUGAUCACCUCAGUUUCUUUUUUCUAGAUUUGGUAAAGGAUUAUGAAGAGCAGUGUUAAUUCACAUAUAAUAAAUUGAAAGGAAUUGGACCCCAAUAGUAGUGAUAUGAAAGUGGGUGAUAUGAUAAACAGCUUUUCUAUCCUACAUGUUAAUCAGGCUGUAGGUGUCCCAUUUAAGUCUUGUUAUUUAAGAGGAAACACACAAAAUUUAGGAACCCUUACCUCAGGCUUUAAAGGGCAGGGAGUUAAAUAAUCUUGGGAGAUUAGUAAAAUGUCACCUAAACUUGAAAUAUUUUUAAAAAUUAAUGCUCUCAACUAUGUGAACUCUUUCUCCUACCUUCUGAAAUGUAUUCCUGAAAUUCUGCCUAUAACAAAGCAUUUCUGGGCCAAGGAAUACUUUCAACAUUGCAAGGCUUCAUAUUGUAUUGAAGGUUCCAUCAUUUUUAAAGGACAGAAAUAUAAAUAAUGGUAUAUAAAAUAUUACAAUCUACCACCUCAGAAAACAUUGUUUAUGGAGUUUGGAGCUUGGAGAUUCAAGUAUCGAUUGCAGUUUUAUUUUGAAAAGAAUGCUAAACUUAUGUGGUUUUUCUUCCUCAUGUUUAUAUUAAAAGCUAUUUUAAUUAAAA